AUGACACAUAAAGAAUUUGCAUCUUCAUCCUUUCCCUCAAAAUCCAUCUCUUCAAAUUCCAACAAUGAUUUUUCAGGAAACAACCCUAGUAUAUUUUCUACGCACUCAAAUAACCUUUUUUCCACCGUGGGAGGCAACAAAAAGCUCAUAGUUUCGCACACCACUACCACCACCAACAAUGACAUAUUGAUGAUGCCAUCAUCAUCAUCUGCACAACCAUCCUUUGAUAGAGAUAUGGAUUUCCCUCAAAAUCCACCUAAGAAUCCUUCCAAAUCCUCCUCCAAAAAACGAAUGGGUAGACCCUUGGGCUCCAAGAACAGACCCAAAACACACAUCAUUAUCGAGGAAAAUAGAGAAACCUUCACAGAAGUGGUUACACUUCAGAUCUCUGCUGGAGAAGAUAUUGUGGAAAAUAUAAUCAAAUAUGCUCAACGACGUCAAACUAACAUAAUAGUGUCGAGGGAUUUCGGUCUUAUCUCUAACAUUACAUUUCUUGAUCCUGUAUCUCGUGUCCCAUUAUUACCCAUCGAAGGACCCGUACAUAUGACAUCUCUAUUUGGAACAUAUAUAAAUCCAAAUUGUGAAUGUCCUCCUAGAAAAUUCAUAAGUCAUCCACCAUGUUCCUCUUUUACCAUAUACUUCUCUAGUCCUAAUGAAUAUGUGUUUGGUGGAAUUGUUGGUGGAAAGGUUACCGCUGCUGGUGUCAUUUUGAUUAAUGCUACUCUUGUUCGGAAAACAACAUUUCAUAGGGAGGUAGCACAUGAAUUUGACAGCAACUACAAUGUUUUUCAUGCACCUAUAAGAUUUAAUGAUAUGGAUGCUAAUUCAACUCUGCAUAAUUAUCAGCUUUCCCCUCAUUAUCUUCCUAUUGAUGGGAAUGUCAUUGAUGAGAACUUAAUGCGGUGGAACCACUCCAAUCACCCUCAUAACUAUUAG